GAAGGCGCAAAAUCCGUGGGGGUGGAGGGGUUCCAGGCUUGCACUCUAAACAUACAGAGGAAGUCGUUGAUAAGAAGUAAUGGGUUUGCUUCAAAGCCAACCGUACCGAAUCUUACUCCUUUCUUUUCUUCUCUUCCUCAAACUUACUCGGCAUCUUUUCAUUUCCAACUCUAUCUAUCCUUCGUUCCCUCUAUCUCUUAUUCUUCAUAUUUAUUCCUUCCAUUUUCUUUUCUUUUUUCUUUUAUAUAUCAUUUAAUUAAUUCUUCUAAGCUUGGUAUAUUAUUUCCUCUCCUUUCAAAACUUUGUUUUCAUUUUAUAUUUAAUUUAGAAUGCUUCAUAAAUUUAUUUCUUACCCUUUCUCUUCUUAUAUUAUAGCCUAACUCCAUAUUCCACAGUGGUUGCCCACCAAAAGAAUACUAAUAAUAUGAUGAUGUCGAUCAAGGGUAAACGUACUAAACGUUCUCGUCCUUUAUCUCCUUCCCCUUUAACCACCGUGUCUUCCACCUCUACUGAUGGUGCUGCCAUCACGCCUUCCUCCUCGCCUCAGGCCGAGGAGGAACAUAUGGCUCAUUGCUUAAUCCUUCUAGCUCAAGGUAACACGAGUAACAACAACAUUAUCAAUAACAACAACAAUACCAACAAUAGAGUUAUUACGUCGUCUUAUGAAUGUAAGACAUGUAACAAGUCUUUUUCUUCAUUCCAAGCGUUAGGGGGUCAUAGAGCUAGUCACAAAAAAACUAAACCAAAUUUACCUUUAUCUCUUUUUUCUGUUGUUAAUAACAAUAAUAAUAACAAUGAUCAUCGAAUUGAUCAACUUUUUGAUCAACAGCAACAAUUUAAUGAUCAUGAUGGUUAUACAACAACUCUUUCCCUUAAAAUUCCAACCCCAUUGCUCAAUUUAAGUAAUGGAAAUUCCAAUAAUAAAGUGAAGGUUCAUGAGUGUGGUAUUUGUGGGGCCGAGUAUUCAUCUGGGCAAGCAUUAGGUGGUCAUAUGAGACGACAUAGGCCAAUUGGUUCGACUAAUACGACAACUAAUAAUGUCGUAUCAAUUUUAGAUAAUACGACUGCUUCAACACGAAAUUUUUUAUCAUUAGAUCUAAAUCUUCCAGCUCCAGAAGAUCAAGAACAACAACAACAUGGAGUUUUCUCUUCAAAUGAGAAAACUUUGGUUUUUUCAUCACAACUUGUGGAUUGCCAUUAUUGAACAUUGCAAUCCAUUUCUCAAACAUCUUAAUUUAGCCAGAAACAAAAGGAAAAAAAUUAAACUUUAUUUUUUUUUAUUAUAAUUGUGAAUUAUUUCUUAGGUACACAACAUUCAUUAUUAUAAUUGUUGAUCAUAUUGAUCAUUGUUUGUACUUAUUCAAAACAUAUUGC